AGCUGAUCGAAGGAUCUAGUCCUGGCGAAGCCAAAAUUUAGCAGAAUCGCAACGGCGAUGGCAAGAAAUUGUGGAAUCGCCAUGAAUGAAAGAACAAUGGAAUCGAUAUGGGUGCUCCUGUUUCUGUCACUGCCUCUGUUUUCUAGUGCUUACAGGCCAGGAGACAUCGUCCCAAUGAGCAAGAUGGGUCAAUAUCAUUCGUCGAGGACUGUUUGGCACGACGUGGUGGGUAAACACUGCCCAAUUUUUGCUGUAAAUCGCGAGGUGUUGAUUCCUAUACAGAAGCCAACCGGUUAUACUGGUGCUGAUCCGUACAAAAUUUCAUUUCAAGUUGGAAGAGAAAAAUUUCUGAUUCCAUGGCUUCUUCUGAUAAAUCGGAAGAGUUCUGAGGUUCCAAUGAUUGAUGUGCAUUUGAGGUACUCAGGGAAUGAUUUACACGGUGUCGUUGCAAAAGUUGUGGAUAUGCCUCACCAUUAUGUUGAGAUUCACCCAAAUAUUCGUACACAGUUUUGGAAUCCAGAACAUUGGCCAAAACAUGUGCUUGUCAGAUAUACAUGGGAAGAGCAAUCAGAGAUAGAUGUGACUUCUGGGUUUUACGUUCUAUUUGGAUCAGGGCUUGUGAUGUCUGUUAUUCUGUCUAUCUAUGUUUUGCAAUCAUCCCGAGACAAACUGGCGAGGUUUGUGAGGGAGACAGUUGCAGAAGGCAGCAUGUCUGGUGGAGGAGUGGCAAAGGUUGAAUGAGGGAACUCUCAAAAGGCAUCAAAAAACAUUAUCACAAAAUUGAUUGAAAGAAUUUCAUGAGGCCUCAGAGAUAUAUACCAUAACACACAAGUUGGCUACCUUGCAAAUACUGUUGUCUGCUGGAGAGGAGGUUUAUCGUCACUACCAAUCUGUGCCAUCUGGAAUACUUCUGUACAAGUGGGAUUAAAAUUGAACUCCCCAUGGGCUCUGGACUUAGAGAUCGAUCAAAGAGUAGUUAAAUGCAAAUGUUUUGUAACUGCUGCGGGUAAAAGUUUAUGCAACUUUUUGUGACCUUUACUAAAAAUAUACCUCAAUCAAUAUUUGCAACUGGGAUUUACUUUUCACA